AUGACAGCGACUUCAGUUCUCAUUCGGAUCUUUGAAAGAGGUCUUAAGCUUUACAUGCGUACCACAGCGGUGAACGGAUCAUGGAAGCGAGUCCUUGGGGUAAGUGUCCGGACUCACUUUUCCAAAAACGUUGGGGGACGAGUAGAGGAUGAGGCCGAGCAACAAGCUGCUUCAAUCGCAGAAAGAACUGGAAAAUGGCCAGACCGUGGGGUCAUGGAGGACGCCUUUCAUGUGAGUUCUAAUGAUCUUAUCUCCCACGCAGGAGUCGUGUAUGGAGAUAGUAAUGGUAAUUGCCUCGCCAAGAAGCACAUUGCUGAAAAUCCUGCAUACCAGGCGAAGACAAUGGCUGCGGCUUAA